UGGGACCUGAGCAGAGAGCUGACUCUGCAAUACAUCAUUGCAUCAGUAGAUGAAUAGCCCAAGAACAUUUUGCAGUUCAGCCCAGGAAAUGUUCAUUUCCCCUGCUGAGCGGCAGCUGGUUGUAUAGAUGCUGUGCACUACCAAUACCACAAAAGGAUGACAGAAGAAGUAGAAAUCUUUUUAAGGAACCAUCAGGAUCAGCUAGAAGAACAUAUUCACUUUCCAUGGCAGCAUACCCUCAGAACAUAGAAAAGAAAUCUGAAUGAUUAGAGAGGAGGGACGACCCUGCAGAAAGAACUACUGACAAAAAGCAGGCAAUCACUCAUCAUGACCCAGGAAUACCCUGAGGUGACAACUGAAUUUACCUAUGAUGAAGCAGCUGCAGUUUGUGAUCAAGUAAACAUCCAGGCAUUUGGGAAAGUAUUUCUGCCAGCCUUAUAUGCCCCUGUGUUUGUUCUUGGCCUGGUGGGGAAUCUCCUGGUGGUUUUUGCCAUCGUGAAGGGCAGUCGACAGAAGAGCAUCACAGACAUUUUUCUCUUGAACUUGGCUAUCUCGGACCUGCUCUUCGUGAUCUCUCUUCCUUUCUGGGCUUUCUAUGUGAUGCAAGGAUGGACGCUUGGGAACAUUCCAUGCAAAAUCAUCUCCUCACUUUAUUAUGUGGGUUUCUUUGGGGGCAUGUUUUUCAUCACCAUCAUAAGCAUCGAUAGAUACCUGGCCAUAGUUCGGGCAGCGUUUUCUCUGAAAGCCAGAACAGUCAGCCAUGGCUCUCUUACCACUCUUGGAGUGUGGGCGGUAGCUAUUUUAGUCUCAGUGCCACAAUUUGUGUUCACCCAGGAGGCAGAGGAACAAUGCAUCCCUAGGUACCCUGAUGAUCUUAAGGAAAUCUGGCCUAUUUUCUGCAAUGUGGCAAUGAAUGUCUUAGGGUUCCUUAUCCCAGCUUGUGUCAUGAGCUAUUGCUAUUUUGGGAUCAUCAGGACAUUGCUCUCCUGCAAAAAUCACAAAAAAAAAAGAGCCAUCAAACUAAUUUUAGUGGUGGUGGUUGUGUUUUUCCUCUUUUGGACCCCAUACAAUGUACUGAUUUUUCUGGAAACUUUAAGACACUAUAAAUUGAUUAACCAAUGCCACGAAUUUAUAGACUAUGCAAUGCAUGCGACUGAAACACUAGCAUUCAGUCACUGUUGUCUCAAUCCGGUGAUCUAUGCUUUUGCUGGGGAAAAAUUCAGGAAGUACCUUUGUCACUUGUUUCUAAAGUGCUGCUUGUUCCUGUGCCCCUGUGGGCCCUGCCACCGAUACCCGACUAGCUCUAUAACUACCUCUCCAGAAAGCAUGCUAAGCAGCAACCAGACCCAGAAUACCAGUGACCAGGAUGCCUCUGUCCUUCUGUGAAAGAUUUUGUUAGCAUAUCUCUAGAAAUACACCUCCUCCAGGCUUCAGAGUGGCAGCCGUGUUCAGAGCCGGCUUUAGGAAGUGCGGGGCCCGAUUCGAACAGUUUUGACGGGGCCCCGGCAAGGAUGACUGAAAAAAGAAAAAAUACGUAAAAAAACA